AUGGCCCUACCGGCACUGCAACAAAACGGCUACCCAGCCCGCCAUCUGGGCUCCCCUGUCGACAGCCUCCGCGACCUGCUGAGCGGCCCAGACUCCACAAACAGACGCCCUCAGGACGAUUCGCGACGCCUGCGAAGGGUCAAGGAUAGCCGGGAGCAGCUCAAGAGCAGGACGCGCAUGCGGGCAACGAGCAACGCCACCAUCGACACCGCUGCGAGCACCUCGUCGGCCGCCGGUCGCUCCUACACCGUCGCCAAUGUCAACAACGGCGUCAUCUACCUGAGGUGCGGCUGUACUGGUAGAUGGCUGCAGCUGAGCAUCAGCGCGCCCCCCACGCCCACGCCCACGCCCACGCCCACAUCCAUCUCAGCUCUCUGCAAGAGACAUGUGCGCUGCAAUCCCCAUGACGGCCGGCUAAUCUCAUCCUUCCGCAGGCCCGUUGUGCGCGCUGGCAACCACCGCGGCCGCCUGCCCCAAGACACCUUCGUCUUCCCUCCCCAAACGCCCCCAGACAGCGCCAACAUCGACAAGCUGCGCCCAGCGAGCAAUGCAUGGGAUCAGAGCCUGCAAGGCACCAGGACACCGCGCUCCGAAUCAUCACCACCACCGCCUGGCCUGGGACCAGACGAAGCAACUCAUGACGACGACCACCACCAACAACCAUUCGAUCCCUCCGCGCGCUCUGGCGCCCACGUGCGCUCUCACUCAUUCUCAACACUCGACGACCACACGGCAACCACACAGAGCAACGAGCCCGGGACAUUCAAAGUGGUGAUUGAGCGACCGCCGUUUGGCCGACCCAAGACUGCAGACACUUCCUCGUUUCCCCUGUUGCAGGUGCCGAUUCCGCAUUACCGCUUGGGCACACCGCGUUUCAGCACACUGGGUACCGCCGAUCUACGAAGCUCCAUCUACACGCGCACCUCGGGCGCCGAGGAAGGUGUGCAUACCCUCCUCACCCCACACCACCUUCCCUCACGCCCAUCGUUUCUGUCAUCCCGGCCCACCUCGGACGCCUACUCACCUGUCCCCCACCACUACCGCGCCGCCAUGGACCGCGCCCCUCUCCCGAUUUCCGGUACCUCGUCCGCUCGCGUCUCACAUACUCCGAUUGGACCACGAUUAUACGAUGCCCUCACAGUGGACCCCGACCGUGAUGCUAUCGUCCGCUUCUCUGCCACGGGCGAAAUCUUGGCCGCUACGCCCUCUCGACUCGUUGCACACAUCACAUCCCCCAGCUUUUUGGAUUACGAACUCCUGUCUGACUUCUUUCUGACCUUUCGCGCCUUUCUCAGCACCAAGGACUUGGUCGCCUACCUCAUCUCCCGCCUCCAAUGGGCUGUCGAUCGCCAGGAUGAUUUUGGCCGCAUUGUACGAGUGCGCACUUUUGUCGCGCUCCGCCACUGGAUCCUCAACUACUUUGUCGACGACUUUGUGCCCUGCUACAAACUCCGGCUUUACUUUUGCAGUCUCGUCAAUGACCUGUACAGCAGUCUUCGCGCACGAGAAGACAAGGGAGGCGGAGACAUCAAGAUUGUCGGCGAACUCAAAAAGUGUUGGCGGCGGACCUGCGCGCUGUACUGGGAGACGGAGGAUACGAUUGAGCAAAACUUUGCAGACGACGAGUUACUCCCAGGAGGACAGGUCGGAUCGCAAAUGUCGGCCGAAGAUGGGGCUCCCAUGCCGCAGAUGCCAUCCACCCCCAGACAGCCAAGUGCGCGAGAUAACAAGGAAACGAUGGCAGGCGCGAAUCCAAGCGAUCAAUUCGCUAGCCGACACAUGGACUGGGCCCAGAAAUUUCGCCAUACGCCUCACAACUCGGUGAGCUCGCAGUACAUGCCGCAGCAAGAGUACGACAUGUCGCAGGUGCCCAUUUCGCCCGCGAGCGAGCAGAGUAUGCACGUCAUUUCCUGCUCCAUCCCUCUGGGUAUGAGUAAGCCAGACCAAGCCAUUGAAUUGCCCCUAUAUCCUCAUCCAGUGCCUGCAGGAACUGUACAUCAACGCAAAGCCGCAAGUCCUCAACAGCCUCCGUCGGUUAAACGCAACAAUCGCCCCAUACACACCCACAAGCGUAGUGGAAGUUUCUCGGAUGCCCUCAGAGAUAGUCGAACGCCAUUGUCGAUUCCGAAGAAUGCCUCGGUGGAUACCAUGCCCAUGCUGAGUAACAUGCCCGGCAGUCUUGUACGAGGCGGUCUCAUUCAGCCUGCAUCGCCCUAUUUUGAACUCAAAUCUUUGCGCAGCACACGCUCGCAGCGUCUCAUGGAGUUUGAAGAUACGUCCGACGAUCAGCAGAGACCCGGCCACUCAUCAAGUCCUGGCAUGAAGAAGAUAUUGGGCACCGUGCGUCGUGCCUUGAGCACUCGACAAGUGUUGAGUUCCAGUCCCCAGCUUGCACCGCUGUCACAUCGACAACAGGCCCGUUCCUCUAAUCCAGCCACCCUUUCUGCCACAGGAGGUGGCGCUCAAAGACGACGUGUUGUCCGGCCCAAACCACAAGUUCGAUGUGACGUGCUUGCAGCCAGGGUAGCCGAAAGUUUCAAGCAAGCCUACCACGCUCAGCUCGAGCGCGAACAGCAACAAUCACAAGGUCUGGAACCCCCAGGCCUGGGUGGUUUCGAGUUUGAAUUUGCAAGACGCAGUACGUCCACGGUCCAUGCGCAGAGCAAGCCAUCCCAUACGGCGAUGGACCCUCGUGUGCAGAGCAACAUCACCACCGGAAGCAAGUCGAUUAUGAUCAUCGACGACACAGGGGCGCCACCACUACCCGUCAUGACUGGUGCUCUGCCUGUGGAGGAUGAGCCGGCCGAGGCAAAGGACAACCCCGCUGAAGGUCAUCAAGGUGAUGCUUGCGCUGAUGAGCGAUCAGCGCAAGUCACUGUUCCUUUGGUCGCACAUCCGGAUGUACACGAGGAUGUACAACCCCCUGCGCGCCCUGCAAGCGAAAUGCGGUCCCUGUCACAGCCUCCACUGCGGUAUUCACUAGCAAGGCCGAGAAGAUCUCUCUCCGAAGGCAAGAUACAGAUGCAUUCUUUCAGACGCCGAGGCUCGACAAAAACCUCUAUUGCUCGAUCUUCUCUACGCCGACAUGCGUCUUACAACAGCAGCCUUGGUCGACACCGGGGCGCUGACAGUGUAGCCACCUUCCAGACCAUGUCUUCCAACAACGAUCCUUUCAUCUUCGAUAGGCAGCCAGUCAUCGCAGCGCCUGGGCCUGUACGGCAAUUGCGCAGACGCCCAGGUGGAGAUCUUCGUGCUGCCGACAAUGUGCAUGAUCUCGAGGUGAUACAGCGCCCAUAUUCUACUGGAUCAGUCUCCAACCCUACCCACUCCAUCACCAAUUCGGUAAUCCUUCGUUCGGAUCGGUACAUCGAGUCGACCAUCGGACCAAGCCGCCAAGCCGAAGAGCCUGUGACGGAAGCCCCUAAAAAGACCAUCUCGCUAGUGGACACACAUUCUUCUCAGCCCAACUUGAGACCCUCGUUUGAGCUUGAAGUGGCAAAGCUCGCAGCUCUGCCAGACGAUACUGAUGACGAAGGUGGCGUCGAGUCAGCCCUGAUGAAGCUGGAGGGCCGUUAUGAAAAGAAAUCACCGAGCAUACCCUCACGACGAGUCACUGCUGAUCUCGAGGUAUAUCAGCCCACUGGAGCACCUACAAGAACUUCACGCCGCAUUCCUAGUGAGCACGAGGAUAGGCACGUUGAUGACCACGGCCACGGUCCGUCUGAAGAGGACAAUCGAACCACUGUUCGCCUAUCAACCGAGCCAUUCACUCGUAGGGUACCUGCUGUCAAUUCCGUCGGCGAAUCCACGGACUCUUACUCGUCACUCCCACUCCUCGAUAGAGACGUCACCAAUGUGACUACGUCGCCCAAAGCACCAACGCUCGAGACGAUGAGAUCGUCAGCCAAGCCUUCGCCCUUGCAAUUCCCCAGUCAGCCUCCACCCACCGCAUCUUCGGGAGGAUCGUCAAUGGAAUAUGUCGUCGAGACCGACAGCAUGAAGAGAAUACGACCAGGAGGUACCAGGCCCACAUCAUCGAUAGCUCGACAAUCUUUUCUCCUCGACGAAGACGAGGAUCUCAGCGACUUGGGCUCGACGACGACUGGCGCCAGGUCCGACCAUAACAGUCAAGGCGUCCGGAGCUUUUUCGACGACGAGCCAACACCCGCUGAUUUUGACGGUCAACCAAGGCAUCCCAUGCGACAUCCAAUCACACCGCCUGUCACCACGGAUCCAAUGAAUGAUCCAAUGCACAAUCCCACAAUUUUUGACAAGGGCCUGCCAACACCCGGUCUCACUCCCACCACUUCACGACUCGGCCAUCCAGGCUUGACUCAGUCUGUGGACUCUCCAUUCGCACUCCCCGGCUUCCAACCAGAGCCAUCGAAUACACCCGCUGCCCAUUUGCCCUUUAUCCUUGCUUAUGAUUCUGAAGUACUCGCCCAACAGUUCACCAUUGUCGAGAAGGAUGCGCUGGACGAAAUCGACUGGAAAGAACUCAUCGAGUUGCGGUGGAAACAGUCGCGCUCACAGAUCCGCGACUGGGUGCAGUACCUCCGUACAGAAGAAGCCAGAGGCGUCGACGUCGUCAUUGCACGGUUCAACCUCGUUGUCAAAUGGGUCGUAUCCGAGUGUGUCCUGAUUGAGAAUACGGAGGAGCGUGCCCGAUGCAUUGUCAAGUUUAUCCACAUCGCCACUCAUGCACGUCGCCUCCGCAAUUAUGCGACCAUGUACCAGAUUGUGAUUGCAUUGAUCUCAAAUGAUGUCUCCAGGUUGAAGCAUACAUGGGCUCUUGUCCCCGCGGCAGAGUUGUACAUUAUGAGGGAGCUCGAGGGGCUUGUACAGCCGCUGAAGAAUUUCCACAACCUGCGACUGGAGAUGGAGACGAGCACGGUAGAGGAUGGCUGUAUCCCCUUUAUUGGCAUCUACACGCGCGAUCUGAUUUACAAUGCGCAAAAGCCGGCCUUCAUCGACGCACCGCCUGUAGACGGGGAGAAGCUCGUAAACUUUGACCGUCACCACACGGCAGCUACGAUUGUCAAGAACCUCUUGCGCCUCCUCGAGGCUAGUUCCAAGUACAGUUUCAAGGUGGAACCGCACAUUGUAUCCAAAUGCCUUUGGCUGGCUGCACUGAGCGACGAGGAAAUCAGCAAGCGCAGUCGCCAAUGCGAAUGA